CAGCCAGUAGCUACAGCGUUGGAAUGCUUUGUACCAGAUGCCGAUUUGAAUCUGCUGUCAACUUUGGUAUCGACGCGUCAGAAGACUCUGGGCGAUCGUCCGUUCGAAACGGUUGAGUCUGUUCGACAGUAUGGAAUCGGUACGUCUGGCACGAUGAUGAAGGCGAUAAUGCGAGUGUUAAUUGCGAAUAAGGAACAAAUAAUGCACUCGCUCGGCGAUCGCAAUUUUCGUGUUCAUUUGAAUGAACAAACAAACGAGGUGGUGGACGCAUUGGCUGAAGCAAUGGCACUUGUAAACUUAUUGAGGUGA